AAACCAUUUCAAUGUCUAAAAAGUCAGAGCUAGCUGGGAGGGUAUAUAUAUCUAGCAUUAAUACAAGAACAUAUAUAUAUAUAAUAUUAAUGCAUGCAAGUAGUCAACACGAUCCAUCGUCGAUGAACCCUAACUAGCUCGCUCUAGCUAGUCGGCAGAUGUUUAAACUACAAGUAAAACUACAUAUAUUAUAUAUAUAUAUCAUGUGUACAUCUUGAAAAUUUAAACUUGAUGGUGAUUAUCCUGUGCAAGAUCAAGAUUAAUGGUCAUGUGUGUGAACUUGAUGGUGAUUAUCCUGUGCAAGAUCAAGAUUAAUGGUCGUGUGUGUGUGUGUGUGUGUGUGUGUAUGGGAUCAGAUUCAAUUCAUUGGAAACUGGUAGUACAUGCAUGCAUGUCAUGCACCUUGCCUAGAGAAGUCAAUAUAAUAAACCAAUCCCUAAGUUUGUGCCAUGUAACUCAUCCAUGGCUUCACACUUCUUAAUUAGUUGGUUAAGGAAACCUUGAUCUCAUGACCACUAUUAGUUGAUCUAUAUUCAAGCCAUUUUUUAUCAGAAAAGAGAGCUGAAAUCCUUUAGGAUGUAACCAUGCAACCCCAUUAAAGGAUAUAUGAACUAAGUGUAUAACCUUAAGAGAAUUACCAUGAUAUAUAUUUGCCACGUGUCAGUUAAUCAAAUUGGCUUAUGUAAUUAAUGACCUAACUAAGGAAACUAGAAAAUGACCUGCAUCAUGUUAUGGAUUUUAAAUUAAAGAUCAUGGCCAUAUAUGCUUGUGUUGUGGGUUACCUUCAAAAGGCAUUGACCUUGUAUCUUAUGUAAAACCUAAUGCGUCACCGUCCCACACCUUUCCCCUUACAAAAAAAUAAACAAUACAUGCUUAAAAAUUAUGUGGUUGACAUCCAAUUUGCAUGCAUGGCGGGAAGCUUUAUUAUAAAUAGGAUCAAGGACCCUCUCUUCCAAACCACAAAACUGUGCACAUACAGUACUUAUUAGAACAAGCAACUUAGAUCUCUCUCCCUCUCUACCUCUGCUUCUUGUUUUGCUUCAAUGACGAUCCCAGUGAUUGAUUUUUCAAAUCUCAACGGCGAGGAGAGGGCCAAGACAAUGGCUGAGAUCGCUAACGGAUGCGAGGAGUGGGGAUUCUUCCAGGUACGUGCUUUUCUCUAUCACUACUACUUCCUCUGCAAUGACCACUCGCCCCCACAUCACGUCUCUUCCAUGCAUGGAUGUAGCCUCUGCAGCUUGUAGAUUUAUUUUGUUUGAUGCAUAUUUUUUAUGUUUCACAAGAGUUUUUAAGGUUUCAUUACCAUCAUUAUUGUUACAGCUGGUGAACCAUGGAAUUCCAGAGGAGCUCCUUGAAAGGGUAAAGAAGGUCUGUUCCGAGUGCUAUAAGCAGGAAAGAGAAGAAAAAUUCAAGAAGUCAACACUAGUGAAGCUGUUGAAUAUUGAAUUAGUUGAAAAGAAAAGCGGCAACAAGUUGGAGAAUGAGGACUGGGAAGAUGUCUUCACUCUCCUAGACGAUAACGAGUGGACAUCUGAAACCCCGGGAUUCAAGGAAACCAUGACUGAAUACCGAGCAGAACUGAAAAAAUUGGGCGUGAAGGUCAUGGAAGUGAUGGAUGAGAAUUUAGGUCUACCCAAGGGAUCCAUCAAGAAAGCAUUUGACGGUGAAGAAGGCAGUGCCUUCUUUGGCACCAAGGUAAGCCACUACCCCCCAUGUCCAAAUCCCGAGCUGGUGAAUGGUCUCCGAGCUCACACCGACGCUGGAGGCGUCAUCCUACUUUUCCAAGAUGACAAGGUGGGAGGUCUUCAAAUCCUCAAAGACGGAGAAUGGAUUGAUGUUCAGCCCUUGCCAAACGCCAUUGUCAUCAACACUGGAGAUCAGAUUGAGGUCUUAAGUAAUGGUCGAUAUAAGAGUGUCUGGCACCGAGUUUUGGCCACGCCAGAUGGAAACAGAAGAUCAAUUGCUUCAUUUUACAAUCCCUCCCUUAAAGCCACCAUAUCCCCUGCACCUCAGCUGGUGGAGAAUCUUAAGAAAGAGGUGGAUCAAGCUUACCCCAAGUUUGUGUUUGGCGACUAUAUGUCUGUGUAUGCUGAGCAGAAGUUCCUCCCAAAGGAACCAAGGUUCCAAGCUGUGAGGGCCACGUAAGAAGCAAAAACAUUUAUCUUCCCACAAGAUUACAUACAUAUAACAUAUAUAUGGACCUUUUUUUACCUUUUUAGUUUAUUGUGAGCUUAGGGAUGAAGAUUUGCCAACAGGCAAAGGAUACCAGUGGCUUGUCUUUCUCUGUACGUACUUUCGUUAAGGGAGGACAGAAAGCUAAUAUGGGUACUAGCGUGUUUGUUUCUGAUUGCUGUUUUUCUUUCUUCGUUAUGUAAUAAUGGGAUGCUUAAAUCCACAUGUCAAGGUUUGCUUUGUGUAAUAUAAUUAUAUAAAUUGAGCUUUUGGGUAUAUAUUGCUUUCAAGGGUUUCUUUUUCUUGCUACAGAUUAUGGAAUAAUGCUUAAGGGACCAUCUUAAGGUCGUUUUCUUUCAUUAGCAAUAAUAUAUCAAGACUGCCCGUACAUACAGUUCUUUUGAGUAUGUCGUCUUGAAACACAAAUUUAAUUGGACUUUUUCUAGGAAGACAUGGUAAAACCAUUGUACCUGGCCAACCACUUGAACAAGUUGUGUUUCUUCCAGUACCUCAUCAGCUUGCAGCUUAGCCAAAAUUUGAAAAAUAGCAAUAGAAAUAUGGAAAAACUGAGAGAAUAGAAAAUGCAUCAGCUCGAUCUGUUCAGUUUGCAUAAAUACUAGAUAUAAUAAUCGGGUAAAACUGUUUCGAUUGGAGGAAAUUGAAAGGAAGAACACGUGAAAUUCACAACCAAAAAACAAAAGGGAAAAAAAAAAACAAACAAAUUAACAAACAAACUAUUG